AAAGAGCAGGAGGAGAUUCUCUGUGGCUCAGCGGUCAGAGUCCUUCAUGGGGGUUAAAUCAAUGAAGUCUCUAUCGUUUACGCCGGUCGUCACAUGCUGAGCUUUGUUUGGAUCUGAGUGGAGGGGCGGUUCUGACCCGGUGGAGGGGGCUGCAGGGUUAUUUCUCUGAGCGGUCGCUGUAAAUCUCUCCGUCUUUUCUCCGUGGCUCGUCAGGAUGAGAACAGUGCUGCUCUUUGUUCACCUGCUCGCCGUGCUGACGGUGAAAGCACAUCCACCGGCAAGGAGCGAUGACCUCACAAUCUCUCUGAAGAACGGUCCAAUCAGAGGAGAAUACGGGAGCGUGGAUGGCACAGAGAGGAGGGUGAAGCAGUUCCUGGGAAUCCCCUUUGCCCAGCCUCCGGUGGGGCCCCUCCGCCUGGCUCCCCCCCAGAGCGUCGAGCCUUGGGAGGAGGAACGUGACUGCACACGCCAGCCCCCCAUGUGCAUCCAGGAUCCAGAACUGAUUGUGAAUGUUUCCCGAACAAUGGCCAUCGAGUUCACCCCCCCAGUGCUGUCUGAAGACUGUCUGUACCUGAACGUGUACGCUCCAGCUGAAGCAAAGACAGGAGACAAAUUACCAGUGAUGGUGUGGAUCCAUGGAGGAGGUCUGACGAUGGGAGCAGCCUCCCAGCAUGAUGGGCCCCCGCUGGCUGCGUAUGAGAACAUCGUGGUGGUUGUGAUCCAGUAUCGUCUCGGCAUUCUGGGAUUCCUCAGCACCGGAGAUGAGCACGCCAGGGGCAACUGGGGUCUGCUGGAUCAGCUGGCGGCUCUCAGGUGGGUGCAGGAAAACAUCGAGGCCUUUGGCGGAGAUCCACAAGCCGUCACAGUCGCUGGAGAGUCUGCUGGAGGCAUCAGUGCAUCCAUACUGACUCUCUCUCCACAUGCUAAAGGGUUGCUCCAGAGGGCCAUCUUUCAAAGUGGAGUCGCAACGCUGGGGACGUAUACGUCAGAUCCUCCUCUGACUCGUGCUAAGACUGUUGCCAACAUCGCUGGAUGUGACAACUCCAGCACAGAACUACUGGUCCAGUGUUUCAAAGGGAAAAGUGUAGAUGACAUCAUUUCUGCAACCAAAAAGAUGAAGAUUUUCCUGGGAGCUGUGGUGGACCACGACUUUCUUCCGGCCACGGCUGAGCUGCUUCUCCUCAGGAAAGAAGUUCUGAAGGUCCCGGUGAUGAUGGGAAUAACCAACCACGAGUUUGGGUGGAUUCUUCCUCAGAGCUUCGCUCCUCCUGGAUGGGAGAAAGGCAUGAACAGAGAGGCGGUGCUGGCGGUGCUGAACAUGUUUAAUCCUUCAGGGAUCCCAACAGCAAACAGCUUCAUUGCAGACGAAUACCUGAAAGAUGCUAAAACCCCAGAGGAGAUCCGAGAUGCCUUCACAGAGAUCAUGGGAGACCUGCUGAUGACGCUGCCCGUCGUUAAGGUGGCCGGGUACCACACAGACGUGGGAGCUCCCGUGUUCAUGUACGAGUUUGUUUACGGUUCGGACAUCCACAAAGUCAACAGGCCCGGCUUCGUUAAGGCGGAUCACUCAGACGACGUCGGCUUCGUGUUUGGAGGAUGUUUCUGGAAAGAACACAUACAUUUCAUGGGUAACAUCACCAAAGAGGAUGAGCGUGUUUGUAGGACCAUGAUGUCCUACUGGGGCAAUUUUGUUCGAACUGGCUCUCCCAACGGACCCGGUCUGGUCAGCUGGCCUCAGUAUGACCGGCAGAAGCAGGAGUACAUGGAGCUGGGUCCGUCUCCGGUGGUGAAGCAGAAGCUGAAGAAGGACCGCGUCCAGUUCUCCACCGUGACUCUCCCUCUGAGGCUGCAGCAGUUGGCAGCCUCUAAAGCGAGCCACUGAUCUCUGCAGCCCUCCAUGCUUCCUGUUCUGUUGUUGUUUUGUUUUUUGUGACUUGUUGUGUCAGUAACUGCUUGUAUCUCUCUUUUUCGUUUGCUUCUGUAUUUUGUAACAUAGCCAUGAUUAAAGGACAUGCCUUCAGCUGAGAGAAUAAA